AUGACUUCCGCAGCAGUUUCUUCAACUGAGGGCAUCUCUCCAAAGGCUCCCAAUGAGCCCUCAACUUUGUUAACGACUAUUGAGGUACGUCCCGACGAACCAGAAAACUCGGAAUACUCUACUGCCGACUACCUCCAUUACGACGCGCUAUACACCGUCGAAGGCAUGCCAAGUCACGAUGUGAUCAUGACGAAGGGUCAAGGGGCAUUCCUGUGGGAUCUCCAUGGCAAGAAAUACAUUGACUUCAAUGCCGGUUUCUCUGCAUGUAAUCAGGGCCACUGCCAUCCCAAGAUUGUGCAAGCAAUGAUACAACAAUGUCAGCAACUAGCGAUGCCCUCGCGGAGCGUUCACGUGGCGCAAUACCCCAUGUUUUGCAAAAGGCUAUGUGAAGUGACCGGAUAUGAUAAGGUUGCUAUGCUGAAUGGGGGCGCAGAGGCGGUCGAUAUGGCUGUCAAAUUCGCGCGCGCAUGGGGGUAUAAGAAGAAGGGAAUCGCAGAAGGUGAGGCCAUUGUACUCACUGCGGUUGCGAAUUAUCACGGUCGAUCUCUGAGUUUGCUGUCUGGUUCAACUGACGGUCAUUACAGAAAGAACUGCGGACCAUGGAUGCCCAAUGUUGGUCCCUAUUGUGCCGGUAAUACAAUUCGAUUUGGUGUGACUGAAGACCUUGAAGAGGCAUUCAACAAAUGUGGUACACGCAUUGCUGCAUUUUUAGUUGAAUGUGUUCAGGGACAUGCCGGCUGUCUUGCUCCCACUGAUGAGUAUCUAAUGGCGGUGCGAGAGCUUUGUACGAAACAUAAUGUUCUUUUUAUUGCCGACGAAAUUCAAGCUGGAUUAGGUCGUACAGGGUCUAUGUUUUCAUUUGACUCGGCUUAUAUCAAGCCUGAUAUGGUGGUUCUUGGGAAAUCUCUUUCCGGUGGUUUGUACCCUAUCUCCGCGGUGGUAGGAACUGCCGAUGCUUUGGGAGGUGUUGAGCCUGGACAAUACGGCUCUACAUUCUCUGGAAAUCCAUUAGCGAGUGCCAUCGCCCUGGCAGCCCUGAAUGUCAUACUCGACGAACAACUCCCUGAUCGAGCCCACAAACUUGGCGAAAUGUUUUAUAAGAAGCUCGCCGAGAUUGACUCGCCCUACUUUGAUACUGUAACUGGGAAAGGCUUGUUCCGAAGUAUCUACAUCCAUGAAACCCACCCUCAAGGCCGGGUGACUGCAAAGCGACUCGUGGACCUGUGUCUGAAAAGAGGUCUUGUGGCGAAUGCAUCAGGGAGACGUCUGAGGGUUUGUCCAUCACUUGUUAUUGAUAUAGAGACAAUGCUUGAGGGGGUGAAGAUCUUGGAGCAGGCCUUGAAAGAUUUACCGCAUAUGGAGACAAUAUAG